UAUCCACAGACUGCGAUACCCCUUGACGGGAGCGCCGAUACUCCACACUCGAAUCAUGGCAAUGCGUGUAGCCAACAGAGCACAUCGAAGUUUCUUUCCGGGGUCACGUUGUGUCGGAUCGCCGAUGAUCCCUCUUACUCAUUGAAGCAUCAAUUUAUUACUUAUUUUAACCGUAUUAACAUACGAUUUCGACUGUAAAAACAAUUAUGCUGUACUGUGUUUCUAGUAAAUCAUAACAGUUUUAGGGGUGCACGUUGGUACUGAAUUUCUCAUGUUUAUGCUAUGUUAGUGUUGGUGAAUCAGGAAGAAGGAUACAUUUUUGCUCGAAAUGUGUUCUAUUUGUGCGUUUUGCUCAAUUUCCUCGUGUAAAAAUUGAUCAAAUACACAGCAUCUUAUUUCUCUUGGUCGGGAAGCUCUUGAAGGUACGUGUGCAUCGAGCUUAUCGCGGAAUGAAAAUGUUUCACCACCGUGCAAGUGAACCAAGCAGCCAACGAUUGCCAUUACGUGAUGGAAAGUCUUCAGUAAAUUCUUGAAUUUGCACCAUGAACCGAAUAAUUCAAGGGAAGAGAUUCUGUUUAACGUUAGAGUGCCACAAUUAUCAUGACUUGUAACAAGAACGUCAACAAAGUUAAUUGAUUAUAAACAUGGAAAGUUCAAACCCUUAUGGUGCACUCCCUGUGCCUGGGCAGCCCACAAGAGAGAGUGCUCACCAAGAUAUUUUACACAGUGAUGAUUUUAACUCAAUUCACUCUCAAAAUCUUCUCAACUUUAUACCUCCUCUCCAUAAUACUCAAAAUAAGGAGAGCUUGGAUUUACAUGAAUACAAUCCAUCUUCCAGAGAAAGUUUACAAGUGGAAAAUUUGCAUUCAUCUUUAAUGGGAGAUGACCCUAAUUUUCUUUUUGAUCCAUUUUCUUCGACCCAUAUGCUUGGGGAUAGAUCUUUAUCAAAAAGCAAUGAUAUGCAAAACAAUUUGCAAUCCCAUCCAAUGGAUUUCUCAGGUCAAAAUAUGACCAUUUCGUCUGAAAAUGAGAAUCACUUUGAUUCUGUCUCAGAGUCUCCCCAAUCUCACAAGGCAGAGGUUUCCAUGUCUUCUCAUAUUUUCAGUAAACCAAUGGAACCCAUUGAAACUGUUCCUUCUGAAGAAGUAGAUAAUUUGAGAGACCAUUUAAAACAUGAUCAGUCACAUCUAGAUUUGGGAUUGAGUUUAAGAACAAAAGAUAAUAAUGAAGGUGCGAACAGCAGUGUGAUUAACCAAGUUCAUCCCCAGUCAAAUCAAAAAAUCAAGCUUGCAACUGACUCAUUUUUGUAUGAUGACAUAAGUCAGAAGUUAUCCUGUCAAAGCAGUCCCUCAAACAAGACAAAAAAUCAGCAUGACACUGCUGACAACUGCAAAGAAGACAGCUAUACUUUCAUGUGUAAAUAUUGUCCAAAAUCUUACAAGACUCAAGACCGUUUUGAAAAACAUGUAUCAUUACACCCUUACGAAACAUCAGCAAUUCAGUGUUCAAAAUGCGGGGAAAUUUUAGGAAAUUAUAUGCUGCUCCGUGAACAUAAACAAGCUGAAGAUUACUUAAGUUCUUGUGACAUUUGUGGUCAAGUUUUCCCCAAUGAGGACUGUAUGAUUUGUCAUAUAAGAAAUACUCAUAAUGAUUUUGAUGACUUGUUUGAAGAUGAGAGCAGUUCUCAAGAAUGUGGAAAUGCAUCUAAUGCACCUACUAUGGAAACUGCUCCAGAAAAUGAAAGCUAUGUGCCAGAGGGAGUAUCUAAUGAAAUAAAUGAUCUACCACAUGAAAUUUGCUCAGAAUUAGCCAAUGAAAGGUGAGUUUAAAACUGCAGUGAUAAAAAUGAAAUAGGAUUAAACUAUUUUAUUUUAUACACA